GUGGAGACAGAAGCCAUGGUAGAGAAAGGCUCGGAACACUCCUCAGAUAAAUCCCCCUCUACUCCGGAGCAGCUGGUCCAGCGCACCUACUCCGUACAGUCCGCACGCAGUGGGGGAAAGAACUCCAAGUCUCACAAGCGGCUUUCCAAAAAAAGCCAGAGCUGGUACAACGUUCUUAGCCCAACCUAUAAACAGCGUAAUGAAGACUUCAGGAAGCUCUUCAAACAGCUCCCUGACACAGAGCGUCUCAUUGUGGACUACUCUUGUGCCUUGCAACGGGACAUCCUUCUGCAGGGACGACUCUACCUCUCUGAAAACUGGAUCUGUUUCUAUAGCAACAUCUUUCGCUGGGAGACGCUGUUGACAGUGCGACUAAAAGACAUCUGCUCCAUGACAAAAGAGAAGACAGCUCGACUCAUUCCCAAUGCCAUCCAGGUGUGCACGGACACAGAGAAGCACUUUUUCACCUCCUUCGGGGCACGAGAUCGGACUUACAUGAUGAUGUUUAGGCUCUGGCAGAAUGCACUCCUGGAGAAGCCUCUGUGUCCGAAAGAGCUGUGGCACUUUGUCCAUCAGUGUUAUGGUAAUGAACUAGGCCUGACCAGUGACGAUGAGGACUACGUGCCCCCAGACGACGACUUUAACACCAUGGGGUAUUGUGAGGAAAUCCCCGCGGAGGACAAUGAUGUCAGUAAUGAUAACUUGUCUAAGAGCAGCGGAGAGGCCAAGACAGACAGCAGUCCACCGCCUUCACACAAGAGAUCGACUACGCAAAGCACCCUGGCCUCCACUCCACCCAGUGGCUCCGACACACCCAUCCCUUUUGCAGUUACUCCUGAGGAGUACACAGACUGCCUGCCUGACGGAGUGCUGCUUCCCAUCCCCCUACUGGCCGAGGAAGGGAACAGCGAACCCAGCGGAAGCCCUCUCACACCUAUACCCACUCCCUCGCUCGACUUUAACGACAACGAAGACAUUCCCACUGACUGCAGUGACUCCUCAGAGACUGAUGUGGAGGGAGAGGUGCAGGCAUUCCAUGAGGACCUGAAUGGGCGGCAGUAUAUAAACGAGGUGUAUAAAAUGAAUGUGGAUGAGAUGUAUGCUGUUCUUUUCACCGAAUCCCAGUUUAUGACUGACUUCAUGGAGCAGAGACGUUUCACAGAUGUGGUAUAUCGUCCCUGGAAGAAAGAAGACGCUGGGAACCAGACGAGGGAAAUCAUGUACACUAUCUCUCUCUCCAACCCACUGACCCCCAAGACUGCCACUGUCACUGAGACACAGACACUGUAUAAGGCUAGUCAGGAGAGUGAGUGUUACAUCAUUGAUGCGGAGGUGAUCACACACGAUGUUCCGUACCAUGACUACUUCUACACACUCAACCGCUACAUGCUCACACGUGUGGCCAGGAACAAGUGCCGUCUGAGGGUGUCCACGGAGCUACGGUAUAGGAAGCAGCCGUGGGGUCUAGUGAAAGGGUUUAUCGAGAAGAACUUCUGGAGCGGUCUUGAUGAGAACUUCAGGAGCCUGGAAUUGGAGUUGGCAAAGAUGACAACUGGUCUGACGGAAGUCCACGGGCCCUCACCCAAAGCCAAGACGCUGAAGAACUCCACCCUGCGCAGGAGGAAGAGAACUCUCCCCCAUCUCCGCAGCCAGCACCUGGACGACACGCUCAGUCCAGUUACCACGCCAACUGACGAGGAGGUCAUCCAUCGCAUCAAACAUGUGGCAGGUUCCACUCAGACCAAACACAUUCCAGAAUAUCUCCCAGGAGAUGGAGCUUUCUGCAGCGUCUCCAAACUGCUCCUCAUCAUCAGUUUUGUGAUCUGUGUAAGUCUGGUGCUACUGGUUUUCCUCAAUGUGAUGCUGUUCUAUAAGUUGUGGAUGCUGGAAUAUUCUACCCAGAGUCUCACAACCUGGCAAAGCCUGAGGCUUCAUGAAAGUAAACUGCCACAGACACAGUUGGAGUGGGCCCAGCUCUUGGAGUCUCAGCAGCGUUACCAUGACGCUGAGCUGCAGAAAUGGCGAGAAGUUAUCAAGUCCUCAGUCCUGCUCCUGGAUCAGAUGAAGGACUCUUUGCUGAAUCUACAGAGGGGUGUUGGUUUGAGAGACUACAGCUCAGACACAGAGGAGAAACAGACUUAUCACUGACACUCCCUCAUUCAGGCCUCCAGGGAAUUCCGUGCAAUGCAGAGCCAUUUGUGUGUGUGAGUGCGUGUGUAUAAACAUGCAUACCGGAUCAAGACCAUGGCAACCGACCUGAAAUCAGUGUGUGUUACUAUGCAACAAACAGAGAGGAGAGCGAAAAAGAGGACAGAAGAGGAGAGAGAGAUAGACAGAGAGUCAAUCAGCAUAUGUGUGCUGGUCCCCAAGAACAGAGGGACCUCUUGCUGCCUGGCCGCCAAUCACAGACAGCAGAAAACCGGCCAAGUAACACACACAACAGAAAACAGGACACGCCUUCUACAUCAGUGGGGAGCGUGUCAUCUCUGAUGCGCUUACGGAAGGCAACGGCCAUAGGGAGCAGCUGUGGACAUGCACUUGUUUCUAUAUUUUUUCCUUAUCUUUAACCCUGGAGCACUUGGAUGCACCAUAAACCAAGCAGAAAAGAAGAGGAGAGGA